AUGAAUCUCCUGGACCCCUUCAUGAAGAUGACCGACGAGCAGGAGAAGGGCCUGUCCGGCGCCCCCAGCCCCACCAUGUCCGAGGACUCGGCGGGCUCGCCCUGCCCUUCGGGCUCCGGCUCGGACACCGAGAACACGCGGCCCCAGGAGAACACGUUCCCCAAGGGCGAGCCGGACCUGAAGAAGGAGAGCGAGGAGGACAAGUUCCCCGUGUGCAUCCGCGAGGCCGUCAGCCAGGUGCUCAAGGGCUACGACUGGACGCUGGUGCCCAUGCCCGUGCGCGUCAACGGCUCGAGCAAGAACAAGCCGCACGUCAAGCGGCCCAUGAACGCCUUCAUGGUGUGGGCGCAGGCGGCGCGCAGGAAGCUCGCCGACCAGUACCCGCACCUGCACAACGCCGAGCUCAGCAAGACGCUGGGCAAGCUCUGGAGACUGCUGAACGAGAGCGAGAAGCGGCCCUUCGUGGAGGAGGCGGAGCGGCUGCGCGUGCAGCACAAGAAAGACCACCCGGAUUACAAGUACCAGCCGCGGCGGAGGAAGUCGGUGAAGAACGGCCAGGCGGAGGCCGAGGAGGCCACCGAGCAGACGCACAUCUCCCCCAACGCCAUCUUCAAGGCGCUGCAGGCCGACUCGCCGCACUCCUCCUCCGGCAUGAGCGAGGUGCACUCCCCCGGCGAGCACUCGGGGCAAUCCCAGGGCCCGCCGACGCCCCCCACCACCCCGAAAACCGACGUGCAGCCGGGCAAGGCUGACCUGAAGCGCGAGGGCCGCCCCCUGCCCGAGGGGGGCCGACAGCCCCCCAUCGACUUCCGCGACGUGGACAUCGGGGAGCUGAGCAGCGACGUCAUCUCCAACAUAGAGACCUUCGACGUCAACGAAUUCGACCAGUACCUGCCGCCCAACGGGCACCCCGGGGUGCCGGCCACGCACGGCCAGGUCACCUACACGGGCAGCUACGGCAUCAGCAGCACCGCGGCCACCCCGGCGGGCGCGGGCCACGUGUGGAUGUCCAAGCAGCAGGCGCCGCCGCCGCCGCCGCCGCCCCCGCAGCAGCCCCCGCAGGCGCCCCCGCAGCCCCCGCAGGCGCCCCCGCAGGCCCCGCAGGCGCCCCCGCAGCCGCAGCCCGCGCCCCCGCAGCCGCAGGCGGCGCACACGCUGACCCCGCUGAGCAGCGAGCCGGGCCAGGCCCAGCGAACGCACAUCAAGACGGAGCAGCUGAGCCCCAGCCACUACAGCGAGCAGCAGCAGCACUCGCCGCAGCAGAUCGCCUACAGCCCCUUCAGCCUCCCGCACUACAGCCCGUCCUACCCGCCCAUCACCCGCUCGCAGUACGACUACACUGACCACCAGAACUCCGGCUCCUACUACAGCCACGCGGCGGGCCAGGGCUCCAGCCUCUACUCCACCUUCACCUACAUGAACCCCGCGCAGAGGCCCAUGUACACCCCCAUCGCCGACACCUCCGGGGUCCCCUCCAUCCCGCAGACGCACAGCCCCCAGCACUGGGAACAGCCUGUCUACACACAGCUCACCAGGCCUUGA